AUGGCGGGGGCGCCGCGCGGCCCAGGCGGCCCAGGCGGAGGCGGCGGCGGCGGCGGCGGAGGCGCGGGCGAGCCGGGGGGCGCCGAUCAGACGACCGGACCCCGCGGCCGGCGCGGGCUGCGGGCGUGCGGCGAGGAGUUCGCGUGCCCCGAGCUGGAGGCGCUGUUCCGCGGCUACGCGCUGCGGCUGGAGCAGGCGGCCGCGCUCAAGGCGCUGGCGGUGCUGAGCCUGCUGGCGGGCGCGCUGGCGCUGGGCGAGCUGCUGGGCGCGCGGGGCGCGGCGCGGGGCCUGGCCGGGGGCUCUCACCCCGUGCACUUCGUGCUCUUCCUGGCGCUGCUCGUGGCCACCAACGUGCGCGCGCUGCCGGCGCCGCGGCUGCAGCAGGUCGGGCGUCUGGCGCUGCUCCUCAGCCUCACCUUCGCGCUGCUCGGCUGCCCCUUCGCGCCCGGCGCCGCCGGGGUCCCCGCCGGGGCGGCCGCGGACCAGGGCGUGUGGCCGCUGCUCCUGGUCACCUUCGUGGCCUACGCGCUGCUGCCCGUGGGCGGCCCGCUGGCCGUCGGCUUCGGGCUCGCGGUGGCCGCCUCGCACCUGCUGGUCACGGCCACCUUGGUGCCCGCGCGGCGCCCGCGCCUCUGGAGGACGCUCGCCGCCAACGCCCUGCUCUUCCUGGGCGUGAACGUGUACGGGGUGUGCGUGAGGGUCCUGGCCGAGCGCGCCCAGCGCAGGGCCUUUCUGCAGGCGCGCACCUGCAUCGAGGACCGGCUGCGGCUGGAGGACGAGAACGAGAAGCAGGAGCGGCUGCUCAUGAGCCUCCUGCCCCGGAACGUUGCCAUGGAGAUGAAGGAGGACUUCCUGAAGCCCCCGGAGAGGAUUUUUCACAAGAUUUACAUCCAGCGGCAUGACAACGUGAGCAUCCUCUUCGCGGACAUCGUGGGCUUCACGGGGCUGGCGUCGCAGUGCACGGCCCAGGAGCUGGUCAAGCUGCUCAACGAGCUCUUUGGCAAGUUCGACGAGCUGGCCACGGAGAACCACUGCCGGCGCAUCAAGAUCCUGGGGGACUGCUACUACUGCGUGUCUGGCCUCACCCAGCCCAAGGCCGACCACGCCCACUGCUGCGUGGAGAUGGGCCUGGACAUGAUCGACACCAUCACGUCCGUGGCCGAGGCCACCGACGUGAACCUGAACAUGCGCGUGGGGCUGCACACGGGCCGCGUGCUCUGCGGCGUCCUGGGCCUGCGCAAGUGGCAGUACGACGUGUGGUCCAACGACGUGACCCUGGCCAACGUCAUGGAGACCGCGGGCCUCCCGGGGAAGGUGCACAUCACCGAGGCGACGCUGGCCUGUCUGAACGGCGACUACGAGGUGGAGCCCGGCCACGGGCACGAGAGGAACAGCUUCCUGAGAGCUCACAACAUCCAGACCUUCUUCAUCGUGCCCUCGCACCGGCGCAAGAUCUUCCCGGGGCUGAUCCUCUCGGACAUCAAGCCGGCGAAGAGGAUGAAGUUCAAGACGGUGUGCUACCUGCUGGUGCAGCUCAUGCAGUGCCGCAAGAUGUUCAAGGCCGAGAUCCCCUUCUCCAACGUCAUGACCUGCGAGGACGACGACAAGCGCAGGGCCUUGCGAACGGCCUCGGAGAAGGGCAGGAACCGGCUGUCCUUCUCGACCAACGCCGCCCACACCGCGCCCGGCACCCGCGUCAACAGGUACAUUGGCCGCCUCCUGGAGGCCCGGCAGACGGAGCUGGAGAUGGCGGACCUGCACCUGCUCACCCUCAAGUACAAGCAGGCGGAGCGCGAGCGGAAGUACCAGCAGCUCCCGGACGAGUCCUUCACCAGCGCCGUGGUGCUCGCCCUGGUCCUGGCCGCCCUGUUUGGCCUCGUCUACCUUCUCAUCAUCCCCCAGAGCGUGGCCGUCCUGCUCCUGCUGGUGUUUUGCAUCUGCUUCCUGGUGGCCUGUGUCCUGUACCUGCAUAUCACCCGGGUCCAGUGCCUCCCGGGCUGCCUGACCAUCCGGAUCCGCACCGCCCUGUGCACCUUCAUCGUCGUCCUGAUCUACGCAGUGGCCCAAGGCUGUGUGGUGGGCUGCCUGCCCUGGGCCUGGAGCUCCGGCCCCAACGGGUCCCUGGUGGUGCUGCCGCCCGGCGGCCUGGACGCCGUGCUGCCCGCCCCGCCCUGCGAGUCCGCGCCCCAGGCCCUGCUCUGCGGCCUGGUGGGCACCCUCCCGCUCGCCCUCUUCCUGCGGGUCUCCUCCUUGCCCAAAGUGGUCCUGCUGUGCGUGCUCAGCGCGUCCUACAUCCUGGUCCUGGAGCUCAGCGGCUACACCAGGGCCGUGGGGGGCACCACGUCUGGGCGCAGCUUCGAGCCCGUCCUGGCCGUCCUGCUGUUCUCCUGCACGCUGGCCCUGCACGCCCGGCAGGUGGACGUCAAGCUGCGGCUGGACUACCUCUGGGCCUCGCAGGCGGAGGAGGAGCGGGACGACAUGGAGCGGGUGAAGCUGGACAACAGGAGGAUCCUCUUCAACCUGCUGCCGGCGCACGUGGCGCAGCACUUCCUGCUCUCCAACCCCCGCAACAUGGACCUGUACUACCAGUCGUACGCCCAGGUGGGUGUCAUGUUUGCGUCCAUCCCCAACUUCAACGACUUCUACAUCGAGCUGGACGGCAACAACAUGGGGGUGGAGUGCCUGCGGCUGCUCAACGAGAUCAUCGCCGACUUCGACGAGCUACUGGACAAGGACUUCUACCAGGACCUGGAGAAGAUCAAGACCAUCGGCAGCACCUACAUGGCCGCGGGGGGACUGGCGCCCACAGCCGGGGCCAAGGCUAAGAGGUGCGUCUCCGCCCACCUGGGCGCGCUGGCCGACUUCGCCCUGGAGAUGUUCCAUGUGCUGGACGAGAUCAACUACCAGUCCUACAACGACUUCGUGCUCCGCGUGGGCAUCAACGUGGGGCCGGUGGUGGCCGGUGUGAUCGGGGCGCGCCGCCCGCAGUACGACAUCUGGGGGAACACCGUCAACGUGGCCAGUCGGAUGGACAGCACGGGCGUCCCGGGCAGGAUCCAGGUGACGGAGGAGGUGCAGCGGCUGCUGCGGCCGGGCGGCUACCACUUCCUGUGCCGGGGCAAGGUCAGCGUCAAGGGCAAGGGCGAGAUGCUCACCUACUUCCUGGAAGGCAGGACCGACGGAAACUCGCAAACCAGGCCCCCGAACUCGGAACGGAAACUGUGUCCCUACAGGAGAGCCGGCCACCAGACCAGCCUGGCCGCGGGCCGCCCCCCGGCCUCCAUGGCCGGCCUCCCCGUGGGAGCCGGGCUGGGGGCGCCGCAGGGCUUGGGGCUCGGCCCCCGGCCCCCAGGCCCACACCCGCCCCCGGGAGCGGCCGGGAAGGAGGCUUAGGUGGGGCGCCGGGCAGAAGGCUCAGGGCCUCGGGCACUCGGUCACUCCGGCAGGAGCAGCCCGGCCAGCAGAGCAGGGCUGGGUCGUCGGCUGGGCUGGGAAGGGGCGCCGUCCAGGCCGGACCCAAAGCAGCUGGGCAGUGACUGGGGGUGGACCCCGCCCGCACGGACUGAGGCCGCCUGGCGGCUGUGACCUGGGCCGGUCGGCCGGCAGGGUGAGCGGUCAGACCUUGGGGACCCGCCAGGUCGCCGAGUGGUCAUGAGCCGGCCUGCAGGAGCCGGGGUGGCCCCGAGGGCGGGCGGGGCCAGGCCCAGAGCCGCGGGGCCUUGGAUGGACGGUUUGAGGAGAACUGAGGGGCCCGGGCCCACGACCGACCAGCGGAGGGGGCGGCUGCUGGCCUUCAAGAGUCGCCGUCCGUGAGAGCCGGAGCCCGGGCCUGCAGCCACGUCUCUGCGUGUGACACGCGUCCCUCUGUGCGGGCCCCCUGCCGCCCGAAGCCGGGCGCCCUCGCUCUCUGGGCCUCUGGGCCGUGGGUCGGUGGGUCCGACUUUCCGAGUGGCGGCAGACAGUGGCGCCAGGCUGUGCUCGCUGUGAAGACCCGUGAAGACCCGCGACGCCCACAGCCGUGAGCAGCUUCCCGGACAGAAGGCGUUCCUCCGGGAGAACCAGCCCCAGACGCGUGUUUCAGAGUUUACGAUCCUGGAUCCAGGGGGCUCUGCUGCAGAAGGCGGGACGGUGACGGCGGGUGGGCGCGGGGAUGCGGGCCAGGCCGGGCUCCGCAGUGCGCGUGGUGGGCCUCCCUCCUGGGGUCCCGCUGUGUCGGCCAGAGCAGGUGGGGGCAGGUUGGGCCCCGCCGUGGACAGGCUGCCGCACACACGGGCGCUUUGCAGAGGGUCAUGGGGUACAUACGCUACCUGGGGCUCGCGUGGCCUCAUGUCCCCUCAGAGGUGGAGGAGGGUGCAGGGCCAUCCCGGGAUGAACGGCUGUAGCCCAGGGAGGUGAGGGCACCCCAGCUGCCACCUCCACGAAGCGGUCGUCACCCCACAGCCACAGGCUGAGUUCGGCACCUGCCCCAGUGAGUGGGGGCGGGUGGGCCAGGUGACAGCCCAGCUGGACACACACACCAGAUGCCCCGUGAGACCCACCCGUCACCUGUAGGGGCACCUGGUCCACGGAACCACGUGCAAAGCCGGGAACGCUCUGAGCGCACCUCCGCGGCCAGGCCUGGCGGGGGACGGCCCUCCUCCGUUGUGCUCACACGCGUGUUGCCUUACGUGUCUAGCCGUGGACGGUGUUCACGCACAGAGGCUGGACCUUCUGGGGAUGCUCAGCUCCCCACAGGGCGCCGGGUGCCGGGCCGCCGUCACCCCCAAAGCGCAGGACAGCCUGAGGCGCCGUGUUUCCAGCGCUCGCACCCCUGCCUGGCGACCCUCCACCCUGUGGCAUGACCCCCCGUGUCCCACGUGACCCCGUGUGCCCUGCAUGGCCCUCGCAUGCCCUGCCGACCUCAGUGGGGCAGCACGCAGCCCGAACUUCCAGACGCUCCCACAGACCCCGGCCCGGCGCCCCCUCUGCCCCCCGGACCCCGCACGGCCCUGCGUGUCCACCAGCCUCCAGGCCCCAGGCCCCGAAGCAAUAACUAACCAACACAGAGACGCCUGGGGCCCUGCGCCCACUGCCGACCGGCUCAGGCCCCGCUGGGUUCGCCCGGAUUGCGGGCCUGUGGGGCCAACACACAGCCCCCCGCCUCCUGCACACCCCACUUGGGCGGCCCCUCGGUGGCGGCUUCUGGCACCGGGCGGCGAGCAGGGGCCAGCGUGCCAUCGGUGGCCUCUGGGCUGCCCUCCGGCUGCGUGGGCUCUGGGCUUGCUCGGUCCCGCCGGCCACACUCACCACGUUUGUGUCCCCGAGAGGAGCACUGUGCAUCCGUGGUCCCCACAGCCUCCCGCACGCCCUGCUGUUACCGCCACCCCCCAAGGAACGGGGGGUGGGGGGGCAGCCCCAGGGGCUCCAACCGGACGAGGUUUUCCCUCUGAGUGUCAGGGACUGAGAGGCACAACCCAGACAGCCCCUCACGGCGCUGCGAGCUCACCGCCCACAUUGGGGUCCCUCCCGCCCACACUGGGGUCCCCCCGGCUGCACUGGUGUCAUCUCACCUGGACCUGUGUCCUCUUGGCUGAGCCCAUCUCCUUUAGCGACUGAUCCCUCAGGACAUAAACGGGUCAGCGGGAGGUCCCUGCCGGGUCUCGGCCUGCCCUGCGGCUCUGCACAGCCUGUCGUCCCCCCAGGAACACUGUCCUUCAGCACAGGGCCAGGCCCUCGGACAACAGACACAGAACGGGGCCCCCAGGCGCCCCCGCACCACACACACCUCUCCAGUGAACUGGACUCCACCCAGCUCCCAACUCCUGGUCAGAGCCACCCAGUGUCCUUGUCACCUGCUGGCGGGUGUAGAAGGUCAGAGGACAGACUCCUGGGACGAUGACGGGGUGCGGAGCUGGGGACCCCGAGGGCAGGCGUCCGCCUCCCGACCCCGAGUCCCGGCCUGGCAGCUCAGAUCCAGUGCUUCCAUCUCCACAGCAGGCCCUUCCUGGGAGUUGGUGUUUGAAUGAGGGGUGACCUAGACCCCUGCCCCCCAGAGACCUGUCCAGCCUUGGGCUUCAUGCCGCGUGCAGGGGGCGCACAGGGCACUUGGCCUGCGGCAGCCGGAACUUGUCUCUCGCCUCCCACCAGCACCCCCCACGCAGCCCCAGCACGAAGCACACUUCUCAGGGGCCGUCCCCGUCCGUCCGGGAGCCCGAGGGCGCCCCGUGGCCUCCCCCAGCGGGCGCCUCGCUCCCUGCGCCCUCCUGCAGCGGGGAGCGGUGCUGCCUUCAUCCCCGUGAAACCGUGACACCCAAGCCAUUCGCACGCGGUCGCAUGCGUGAAGCCCUGUGAGUGUGACUUUAGUUUGCGUUUGGAGCGCCCAGCAUGCACAGCAAGGGGCCGCCCGCCUCGGGCCACCUGCCGGCUGGCCGCAGCGUCCCGACAGGGCGGGCCCGGAGCCUGAGCCAGGGCCCUGCGCCCGCCCGCCUGCCCGCCCACCCCAGCACACGGAUCGCACACCACCUCGCACACGCGAAGAUGCGGAAUGUAACCUCUUAGCGUAGACCCCACGCACUGAGGGAAAGCCGCGCCCACCGCGGGCCCUUCCUCCGGGGCCUGGCUGGGAAGGUCCGUGCCCAUCUGUGCCCGCAGGGCUGUCCCCCGCCGGGCUGUCCCCCGCAGGACGCCGAGGCCGGGCCGGGAGCACGCGGACGCGGGCACGGACGGUGACGUCGCCGUCUCCCGGCAGAUUUGUAUGAUCAACACGGGUCUAUUUUUAUGCCAACUGCACACUGUAGCGGCCAGUCUUUUCCAAGAUCGUUACCUUGAGACAAGUCGUUGAACACUUUGUCCUAUUUUUAUUUGAAAAAACAAGUGAAUGGGCUGACAUGUUAAAUGUGAAUGUACGUUUCUUAAUCGCAACUUUUCUACCGAGUGUUUGCACUACACUUUCUGGAAUCUUAACAAAAGUAAAGGAAGA